CUUCCUUCUUUUUUUUUUUUUUAUACACAAAAUUAUAAUAAAACAACAACUAUUAUCUAUGGCAAAUCAUACGGCACGGUCAGAUAUAGUGGAAGUUACGUUUCAAGCUUAUGCUAGACAACAAUCAACAAACGAAGAACCAACGAGAAGAAGAUGUUGUCAUUUAAAAAUUCGUUUUGUGAUAAUGGCAAUAAUUUCAAUAGUGGUUGCUUCAUUUAUUAUAUAUUGGUUCGUUAACUCAAUUUUGGUUAGUCGUAAUGAAAACAGAAAACAUGAUCCUAACAGGCAUAGUAGUUCUGUUACGAGAAAACAAUCUUAUCUCGAAAGACUUCCUAAUCAACUUAUACCAUUGGAAUAUACAUUACAAAUAAUUCCAUUAUUGACAGAGAACAAUUUUAAAAUCAUCGGCGAUGUUGAGAUUCAACUCUAUUGUAAACAAUCAACGAAACACAUACGUUUACAUUCUCACAAAUUAAAUAUACAAAACGUCAGCACGAGUUACGUUAGUAUGAAAAACAAAACGUACAUCAUUGAUAAUUACGUAUCCAUUACUGACGAUGAUUUUCUUGAUAUAUUUUUAUUACAAUUAUUGAUGAAGGAUCACAUUUAUAUUUUACAAAUUAAAUAUAUUGCUAAUUUAAUAGAAGAACCAAUUGGUUUGUUUCGUACCAAAUACAACGAUGAAAUCAACAAUGUUACAAGAUGGAUAGCCGUAUCGAAUUUUUCACCAGAUUUUGCUCGAAGAGCUUUCCCAUGCUUUGAUGAACCGUCGAUCAAGGCUCCUUUUCGAAUUUCGAUCGGUCGAAGGGUCGACAUGCGGACCCACUCGAAUUCAAUACGGAUUGCUACCGAGAAAAUUAAAAAAAUACCAAAUCAUGUGUGGGACCAUUAUAAGAAAACACCACCAAUGUCAACGUAUCUGAUUGCUAUAAUGGUGACCGAUUUUGAAAGUUAUCAAAUUAAUGUUACCGAUCGUCCAUUUUAUAAUGUGUUAGCAAGAAAAUACGUGCAAAAUGAUACCAAGUAUAUAGGAAAUUUAAUACCAUCGAUAGUUCGGUUGAUGCAAAAUUUAACGGGAUUCCAUUACGACUUGGACAAGCUCGAUAUGAUAGCGGUACCAAGUUUGGCAUAUUCGGCGAUGGAAAAUUGGGGUCUCAUUACGUUUCGUGAGAGUAAUAUGCUCAUAAAUAAUAAUAAAAAACAACAUAAAGAUAAUAAAAAAUUAUUUGCAAUCAUAGCAUCUCACGAAGUGGCCCAUCAAUGGUUCGGUAAUUUGGUAACACCAAAAUGGUGGUCAGAAGUAUGGUUAAAAGAAGGUUUUUCAUCAUUCUUUGGUAUCAUGGCAUUAACCAUGAUUGAAUCUUCUUGGAGUGUAGAAGAAAUGAUGGCUUUGGAAUAUCGUAAAAUGUUUGAAAAAGAAGAAAAAGAGAAUGCACAUCCUUUGUAUAUCAAUUUAAAUAUUACCAGGAAUAAAUUAAGUGAUAUAUUCGAUACAACACCAUACGUUAAAGGAAAUUGUUUGGUCAAUAUGAUAUUUCAUAUUAUCGGUGAAACGAUAUUCUUUAAAUCGAUUAAAAAAUAUAUUCGAACGUAUUAUUAUCGUGCAGCUGAUCAAAACGAUCUAUGGGACAUAUUUCAAGAUGAAAUUGAAUUGUCCAAAUUAUUUACUAAAUUGUCGAUUAAAACCAUCAUGAAAAGUUGGACAAAUCAUGCUGGGUUUCCCGUUCUUCACGUUAUUAGAAAUAACCAUACCGGUUUUGUCGAACUCAUGCAGGAAAGAUUUUAUAGGAUGAAUUUAAACGUUGAUGAUAAAAGCGAGGAAUUAUGGUGGAUCCCUUUAACGUGGACAAUCGAAAGUGAUCAAAGAUUCGAUGGGACUUUGCCUAAGGCAUGGAUGCAUGAAAGACGCAUGGUGAUUAAUGAUACUGGCUUGAGUGAAGCAAUUUUCAAUAAUCAAUGGAUUCUCUUUAAUAUCAACCAAACAGGAUUGUAUCGAGUGAAUUAUGAUGAAGAAAAUUGGAAACUUUUAAAUAAUCGAUUCGAUCAUUUACCAGAUAGAACAAAGCUUCAAGUGUUGAGUGAUGCUUUUGCUAUGUUCAACAAAGGAUUACUCGAUCAAGCUUUGUUAUGGAAAUUUAUUUUUAAAUUGAACGUUGAUACGGAGAAAAAUGUAUGGUUGUUGGUUAAAGAUGCUUUGAAGUAUAUCGAAUAUCGUUUAUGGGAUUCUCAUGUAUUUAGGUUUGUGACUUGUAAAUUAAUCGACGAAGUUUAUCAAUCGAAAGUAGGAAAUUUGUUCGAGUCAGAUAUGGAAACGUGGAGUAAGUUUAAAAUCGAAUUAACAAAAUGGGCAUGUUGGAUUGGACACAAAAGUUGUUUAAAAUAUCUCAAUGAUUUUGUUGAACAAUUAUUACAAAAUGAUACCAUUGUCAAGGAACAAGAUCUUUCCUCAGAAUUUUUAGUUUGGGUUUAUUGCACGUAUGUUAAAUUUUCUACGACGGAACAAUGGUUCAAGUUAUUGGAUAAAUAUCACGAACCUAAAGAAAACGAUAAAUUUAGCCUGGCAUAUGCUCUUGGUUGUACUCCAAAUUCAACAUUGAUCAAAUGGUAUUUAUCAUCAUUUUCAACUAAAGAUAUUAAUAUAACACUUAUGGCAAUCUCAAGAAAUCCAAAUGCGUUUGAUCUAAACAUGAAUUACAUAGAAAGAUUAGGAAACUUUGAUAAAAUGAAUAGCAACAUCAAGGAUUAUCUAUUUUACGAUUUCUCGAUUACCAUGGACCAAGAGGAAAACGUUAAAUGGCUAACACGUUUCAAAGGUUCUUCGGGCAAUAAGUACGAUACACUAAUCGAGACGAUAAUUAAUGACGUCAAGUUCAACGUCGCUUGGAACCGGAGGCACAAGAACGUGAUGAACGAUCUACUGAUGAACAUCUCUGAUGGGAUGAAAGAAAGCAAGGAUUGUACAAGAAAUUGAAGAAAACACUAUAAUUAAAAAACUUAAGUUUAUUUUUUGUUGCCUCCCUCACCCCUUUAAAAAUGAUCUAAUCUUAUUACUAAUUGCAAUAGGGAUCAAUUACAUACAUAUAUAUAUUUUUGUAUACCCCAAUAACAUGGGGUGGUUAGGUUA